AUGGAUUCCAAUUCUGCUUCUGCACUCGAUGAUGACCCUUCCGAGGAUUUCGAGAUUACAGGACUGCACGACAAGCUGAAUUUAGGGCACACUCCGUCCUCUUCUUCCCCCUUCAUCGCCCGCAAGAAAAGACGCGCCAGCACCACUCUCAUCUCUAUCUCUCCCGAAAACUUCCGCCAGGUAGUUAUUCAAUUCAGCAACGGUCGUUUCCCUUUCAUCUCACACUGUUCCCUCUUCCCUCCCAGCUACGAAUUCUCCAAACAAGAACUGGUUUCUCUGUGGAUAGCCCAGGGACUCUUACAGUGCUCCACCAGGCAGCAGGAGCACGAUGCAGCCCAAGUCUUCGAUUCGCUCGUCUCCAGCCAAGUUAUUGUUCCCUCGAGAUCUGAUCCGUCCGUGGAUUUCUUCCACGGGAAGACGAGGAGGUUACUCUAUAGAAUCAACCAGGAUAAGAUCACGUUCUCAGUGCUUGAAUACCAUACGGUAUUGGAUGCAAAUUGGGAUAAAGUACCUACGAAUGUGAAGCAUUUGUCCGUGGAUUCAAAGAGUGUGGCUUGCGCCUCAGGUUUUGAUGUAAUUGAGAGGUUUGAAAAUCUGAACACGCUAUUUCUUGUUCCUGUGCCUGGGUUUUAUGUUGAACGCAUUCCGCGAAAUCUUUUCUUGUGCCUCAAGGGAUUGAGGUCUUUGAAUUUUAGUAGGAAUCUUAUAUCAGAGCUGCCGAGUUCUAUCGGGAGUUUGAAAUCGCUUCGGUAUCUUGAUUUGUCUUAUACGCCCAUUAAACGCUUGCCUGAUUCGGUAGUUAGUCUUUGUAAUUUGCAAACUCUUAGGCUUAGGGGAUGUUUAGAGUUAGUUGGGUUGCCUAAAGGGAUUGGGAAGCUCAUUAGUUUGAGGCAUAUUGAGCUUGAUGUUGUGAGGCAAGUGAAAUCAAUGCCCCCUUGGAUGGGUAAUUUGAUCAAUCUUCAAACUCUGUCGGCAUUUCUUGUUGGCAAGGAUGAUGGGUGCCGGAUUGUGGAGUUAAAGAAAAUGAUAAAUCUUACAGGUGCAUUUUGCAUUUCGAGAAUUGAGAAUGUCUCGAGUUUUGAGGAAGCAAUGGAAGCUGAUUUGAGCAGCAAGAAGUUCCUUUGUAGGAUACAGUUUAGAUGGACCGAGACAAGGGUUGCCGAUGCCAGGAAAGAAGAGCAAAUCCUUGAAUGCUUAAGACCCCCUCUGGGUCUUGAAGAGAUGGCAUUACUAUGCUAUGGUGGUUCUAAGCUUCCGAGUUGGAUUGCUGAUCCUUGUUAUAAUUGUAUGGUUGAUAUGACUCUACAUAAUUGUUUGAAUUGUGAACACCUUGAGCCCAUUGGUAAAUUGCCAUGUCUUCAAUUUUUGCAUAUGAAAGAAAUGUGUAAGCUUCGGAGAAUAGAUGAAAGAUUUUGUAGAGAUGGAAAAGGUCAACGGUCUCAUGCGUUUCCGAGCUUGAAAGAACUUACAAUUGAGGCCAUGCCUAAAUUGGAAGAGUGGGUAGGAGUUCAAAGUGGUGACUUCCCAUGUUUACAAAAGCUUAAGGUGGAACAUUGCCCCAGCUUAGCCUCGCUUCCACUGCUGUCAUGCCUCUAUUCGCUUAAGCAUUUAGAAAUGAAUGAUUGUCCAGUUAUUUCAUCUUUGCCUGACGGAGGAGUAUCUGCGUCUCUUGAAUUUCUCUUUAUCAGAGAUUGCUCUGAGCUGAUGAAAAAUUGCAGCAAAACAGAAGGAAAAGAUUGGGUUAAGAUAGCUCAUGUUUCCAAUGUAUUUAUUGAUGAUGAACAACUCUCUUUUAAUUGA